AUGCAUAUCUCAAAUAAAUAAUAAUAAGAUUUGUCAAUUUAUCAUGGAUGUGAAGUUUAAAAAUUAGAGUCCUCUUUAAAAUUUGAUUAUAGAUAAAGUGCUGUCCCUGAUAAUCCUUGCUAUAACUUUCGUUUUAGAAUUUUCAUUUUUUUCAGUUAUAUUGUGAUCACUCAAAUUGGUGAAAUUUUGGGUACACCUUAAGAUGACAUCAAAGGCAUAUUUGAUAUAGGUCAUAAUUUAACAGAUGGAAUCAACUAAUUAUAUCAUUCUCAUACAUGGUACAUAUUUAAUUUUAAAUUGUAUUUAGGUUUGCUUCUCUUAUGUAAGUGAUAUCUGGUCUCAUUUUAGAUUUUGCAUUUUUCUAUGUUAGUCUCUAUUGGGUAUUUUAUGUGAGAAAUUUCAGACUGUUUGCAGCUUUAAUCAUAUUCUAUGGAAUCAGGGCAAUUCAUUUGAAUAUUUUUAAAUUACAGUUUGCUAAUAAUUACUACUGGUAGGAUCCAGGAGUACCAACCUUUGUUGUAAAAUAUGGUAAUUAUUCAGACUUCUUUUAUUCUGUAAGAAUUUAUUCAUAAUUUUAGGGUCAUGUUGGAUUUUUGGUUAUUUGUGCUUUGGAAAUGAGGAAAUUGGGAAAGAAAUGGUUUGCUUUAUUUUUUUUUAUAUCAUCUUUCUUUUAAGCUUUUAUUGUUAUUUCUUUUAGAAUUCAUUAUACAAUUGAUGUAAUUUUAAUAAAAAUUAUUAUAGGUACCUGCUGGAUAUAUUUAUGCACAUUAUUUUUAUAACUUAGUUUGUUAUUGGGAAGUGAAAAUUGAUCAUAUAUUAUAUUGGAUAUCUACUAAAUGCUCGAGUGUUAAGAUUUCACAAUCAUCUACAGUCUAAACUAAAAUACCUGAUUUAGAUACAGAAAAGCAUUGA